UUCAACAUGGCUGCACACUGGAGGAUUUUGUUGCGCUUUCGCUCAGCAACACAGGCGCUGAUCAUCUUUACUUUCUGCCUCACUGUCAUCCACAGCCUGGGCAAUGAUGUGGACAACUGUGAUAAACUCCGACUGGGACAGUAUCAGUGUAAAGAACCCAAAAUAGAUGAUGCGACUCAAGAGCCAGAGAACUGCAAGGACCGCUUGGCAUGGGUGGAAUGCUUACCUGCUCCAAAUGUCAGCUGUCGACUGUCAAAUGGGACAAUGUCCAAAUUCAGCGGUGGAGAGGUCGGAUUCAACAAAAGCAUCCCCUGCCGGAAUGUGAGUGGUUACUCGUACAAAGUAGCUGUUGCUCUUUCACUCUUCCUGGGAUGGAUUGGGGCGGACCGGUUUUACCUGGGAUACCCAGCUCUAGGCCUGCUGAAAUUCUGCACUGUGGGAUUCUGUGGUAUUGGAAGCUUAGUUGACUUCAUGUUGAUUUCCAUGCAGAUCGUGGGACCGUCAGAUGGGUCGGAUUACAUUGUGGAUUACUACGGGGCUCGCCUCACCCGUCUCUCAAUAACAAACGAGACCUACAGAAGAACACAGAUCUCUCCGUGAAGACACCAGGUGCAUCCAUUCGAGAUGACCCAACAAAUGUACAUAGACAAAUCUCAGCUUUUCAUUGGAUUCACGUUCGCCGUGUCCAAACAUCAAGACACACGGACAUGCCAGAUUAUUCUCUGGGAAAGACAGAGUCCACGUCUGGAGUUUCUAAAUAUGGCUCAUGUAUGUGCUGAGCUAGCGUUGAACUCUGCUUGAAACCUCAACACCCCCCUUUAUCAUUUUCUCCAUAUGUCCAUCGAUCAUCAAUCUCUUCCUUUGAGUCAGGGCUUUGGAAUGCCAUCCAUAUUUUAUUCCUUUUCAUUGCCAUCUAUUGUAUUUCCCUAGCUAUAUGUUGUACAUUGUGUGAUGUUCGGAUGUAAAACACUGUAAAUAAAAUGUAAAUAUAUA